GGUGUGUUAAAAAUGCAGCAUCAUCCUCUCUGCUCCUUUUCUUGGGCCGACAAGCUGAAUUAGAGAGCACAGGGAAUCCGGAAAGGCGAAAAGGCUGCCUCCGCCAAAAGCCCUCGAGUCCCUCCCUCCACGCCCCCCCCCCCAAACCCCCUUCUUAGGCUCUAAUCGCCACCGCUCCAAUGGGCCAGCGGCGCCUUCACCAUCUCUUCUUCCAUUCACUCCAGCGGGGAGCGAAGAGGGAAAACAAAACUCUAAAAAUAACUGUCAGCCUCCUAAAAAACGAAAGGCUUAGCUGCCGCCCCCCCUGCAUCCCCCGCUCCCUCCCUUCUCUUCUCCCUCCUCCCGCCCCCCCUCGUGGGGCACAUGUCUGCUUCUUACAACACCGAGCCACAUGGUUCCAGUUAGGCGCCGAACCCCACCAGGACGGAGAGGAAAUCCACAUCUGUGGGACGCUCCGCACGGAACCACCUCCAGCGAGGGAGGCCGUGGGACUGCAGCACCGGGAUGAAGGGCUAGACCGCGGGAUCGCCGCUCAUGCGACGGCCGGGAGCGCCUGCGAGCUGGAUCUGGUGGAGGAUGCUGCGGCAGGUGCUUCGCAGAGGGCUCCAGUCGUUCUGCCACAGGCUGGGCUUGUGCGUGAGCCGGCACCCGGUCUUUUUCCUCACCGUGCCCGCAGUCCUGACCAUCACCUUCGGCCUCAGCGCGCUCAACCGCUUCCAGCCCGAGGGCGACCUGGAGCGCCUGGUCGCUCCCAGCCACAGCCUGGCCAAGAUCGAGCGCAGCCUGGCCAGCAGCCUUUUCCCCCUGGACCAGUCCAAAAGCCAGCUCUAUUCGGACUUACACACCCCCGGGAGGUAUGGCAGGGUGAUCCUCCUCUCCCCACCCGGGGACAAUAUUUUGCUCCAGGCUGAGGGGAUCCUGCAGACCCACCGAGCCGUGCUGGAAAUGAAGGAUGGGAGGAACAGUUUUAUUGGACACCAACUGGGCGGGGUAGUGGAAGUGCCAAACAGCAAGGACCAGCGGGUCAAGUCAGCCAGAGCCGUUCAAAUCACCUACUACCUCCAGACCUAUGGCUCUGCCACCCAAGACCUCAUAGGGGAGAAGUGGGAGAAUGAGUUCUGUAAGCUUGUGAGGAAGCUCCAGGAGGAGCGCCAGGACCUCCAGCUAUACUCCUUAGCGUCCUUUAGCCUCUGGAGAGACUUUCAUAAGACCAGCGUCCUGGCCAGAAGCAAGGUCCUCGUGAGCCUUGUGCUGAUCCUGACCACAGCCACCCUCUCCAGCUCCAUGAAGGACUGCUUGCGCGGCAAGCCCUUCCUGGGCCUCCUGGGGGUGCUCACCGUGUGCAUCUCCAUCGUCACCGCAGCUGGGAUCUUCUUCAUCACCGACGGAAAGUACAACUCCACCCUGCUGGGAAUCCCGUUCUUUGCCAUGGGUCACGGAACAAAAGGAGUAUUUGAGCUUCUGUCUGGGUGGCGGAGAACGAAAGAGAAUUUGCCCUUCAAAGACAGGGUAGCAGAUGCCUAUUCGGAUGUGAUGGUGACCUAUACCAUGACCAGCUCCCUGUACUUUAUUACCUUUGGCAUGGGUGCCAGCCCGUUCACCAACAUAGAGGCUGUGAAGGUCUUCUGUCAGAACAUGUGUGUCUCCAUCCUGUUGAACUACUUCUACAUUUUCUCCUUCUUUGGCUCCUGUCUGGUCUUCGCUGGCCAACUAGAGCAAAACCGCUACCACAGCAUCUUUUGCUGUAAGAUCCCUUCUGCAGAAUACCUGGACCGCAAGCCUGUGUGGUUCCAGACAGUGAUGAGUGAUGGGCAUCAACAGACAUCCCAUCAUGAGACGAACCCCUACCAGCACCACUUUAUUCAGCACUUCCUCCGUGAACAUUACAAUGAAUGGAUUACCAAUAUCUACGUGAAGCCAUUUGUUGUCAUCCUCUAUCUCAUCUAUGCCUCCUUCUCCUUCAUGGGGUGCUUGCAGAUCAGUGACGGAGCCAACAUCAUCAGUCUACUAGCCAGUGAUUCCCCAAGCGUCUCUUAUGCCAUGGUUCAGCAGAAAUAUUUCAGCAACUACAGCCCCGUGAUAGGAUUCUAUGUCUACGAGCCCCUCGAGUACUGGAACAGCAGUGUCCAGCAGGACCUCCGGAGACUCUGCAGCGGAUUCACUGCAGUGUCCUGGGUGGAGCAGUAUUACCAGUUCCUGAAAGUGAGUAACAUCAGUGCCAAUAACAAGAGUGACUUCAUCAGUGUCCUACAAAGUUCAUUUUUAAAAAAGCCAGAAUUCCAGCAUUUUCGAAACGAUAUCAUCUUCUCCAAGGCAGGAGAUGAAAACAGCAUCAUUGCUUCUCGCUUGUAUCUGGUGGCCAGGACUAGCAGAGACAAACAGAAGGAAGUCAUAGAAGUGCUGGAAAAGUUGAGGCCCCUGUCCCUGUCAAAGAGCAUCCGUUUCAUCGUGUUCAACCCCUCGUUUGUGUUCAUGGACCAUUACAGCUUAUCUGUCACAGUGCCUGUUCUGAUUGCAGGCUUUGGUGUUCUCCUGGUGUUAAUCCUGACUUUCUUCCUAGUGAUCCACCCUCUGGGAAACUUCUGGCUAAUUCUUAGCGUCACCUCAAUUGAGCUGGGCGUUCUGGGCUUAAUGACAUUAUGGAACAUCGAAAUGGAUUGCAUUGCUAUCUUGUGCCUUAUCUACACUUUAAAUUUCGCCAUUGACCACUGUGCACCACUGCUUUACACGUUUGUAUUAGCAACUGAGCACACCCGAACACAAUGUAUAAAAAGCUCCCUGCAAGAGCAUGGGACAGCCAUUUUGCAAAAUGUUACUUCUUUUCUUAUUGGGUUGGUCCCCCUCCUAUUUGUGCCUUCGAACCUGACCUUCACACUGUUCAAAUGCUUGCUGCUCAUGGGGGGUUGCACACUUCUGCACUGUUUUGUUAUCUUACCUGUGUUCCUAACCUUUUUCCCUCCUUCCAAAAAGCACCACAAGAAAAAGAAACGCGCCAAACGGAAGGAGAGAGAGGAAAUCGAAUGCAUAGAAAUUCAAGAGAACCCUGAUCACGUCACCACAGUCUGAAGGGUGUAGACUAAUGGAUGAUUUUUCUUUUCCAGUAUUGCACAACGAUGCAGGGCAGGUAAAGCUCAGACCUCAGCUGCUUGGGCUGGCCAGGGGUAACAAGGCAAGUCAGAUCAAGAGUGAAUUCUUCAUGACACAUCAAGGUGUCCACUUCUUGGGGGGAAGAAGGACUCAAAGAAGGGGAAAAAGUUCUUUGCAACCUUGUUCUCCACUAAAGAUAAGUUUCUGGAUGUGACCUUAGAGCUCUUCCAAGGAAUGGACGAAUCAAUGGAGUGUUAGAAGGCCAAAGGAGUCAACUGCUUUUAAAAAUAAAAUGCUUAGGAGAGAUGGAGUAGAGAAGAUGGGGGCCUCCAAAUAGCAGAAAAGACAUAGGAAAUGUCAAAAUUGCCAUGACAAUUUUCAUAUUUGUUUUUUGAACAGGUUGGUCAAAGGAAACCUAUGCACUUGGGAAGUACAUAUUUAAUCCCAUCUAAACCAAAGGACUUCCCAAUUCAUCUUAAGUGUGCAUAUAUAUGUAUAUGUGCCAUAUAUACAUAUACUUAGAUUUGUCUUUAGUGUACAUUGACGUCUAUGUGGAGGGAGGUGUCCAUUUGCAGACCGGCUGGCCUUUCUCUAGAAAGUCAAACCAGCCUUAGCCAAAUAUAGACGCAUUAAUGGCCAUUCAAAAUCGAUUCACGUGUUGCAGCAGCAAGAGUAUUGUUCAUCUGUGCAAUAAGCAAAAUAAACAGAGAUGUGAACCCAUUAGUUUCACAUAUCGUGUUGUCAAUCUUUGAGAUUCUUGCUUUGGAUGACAGCAAAAAACGCAAAAGGCAUUUGAAUUAAUUACCACGUGGGCAAGGUUUAAAAUCUCAUGUUUGUGCUAAAUAGUUACUGUGGCUUUUCAUUGGCUUUUAAUGAUUCUCUGUAUUUGGGAGGGCUGAUUUAGCUGCUUUUAGGGAGCUCACCCGCUGCAAAUGAGCACUUUACAUGCAUUGUUCAUACAAAUGUGUGUAAAGUUGCACAAGAGUGUGUGUGUGAAAGAGAGAGAGAGUUGUGGUAUUCCGUAGUUACGGUAUUCUCAUUUUAGAUGUUGAAAAUAUACUGCCAUGGAAUAUAGAUAAUUAACAUAGGAGAAAGUGGACAUAACUAGGAAACUUGUUAUAGAAGGAAAUAGAGUAAACGGACCAUCACCACUCAUCAUGUGUUAUCAACUGGUUCUUAGUGUAAAGAAAAUAUUCUAAACCUAUCAAGUCUAGUGUGUUCCUUGCAUUAAUAUGUGGAACAUUAACCCAGGCCACGAUCACUAUAGUGGUGGUCGCUAUAACUACUGCAAUAUUGUUUUGUAGCUUCUUGCAAUAUCAUUGUUCUUGUUACCUGAAAAGUGCUUGUCAGUUGGCAGGCCUCCUAGGGUGAUCGUCGCUCUCCACAGGUGACGUAUUAACUGUAACUGCUGCUGAAUUCUCUCUCAAAAACAGUACUGAGGUAAAUGUUUUCAUUGUGUUAAAAUUUACAACUGCUCCCCAGCAGAUAGACUCAGUCUGUUGGGUGCUUCCUUGGAUUAAUGGUGUGCUUCCUGUCACAGAAAAUUACUAGAAAAUGCCUUUUCCCAUGCCAAGCAGUAAAAUAACUUAAUUUUCAGGUAGGACUGAACAAAUGUCCAAUGAUUAUAAAAUCUGCUAGUCAGCUCUUUUACCUGGAAGAGAGCUACUGUCUCCCACCAACUUUGGUUGCAUAUUUUAAUUGAAUUUAAAAUCUCAAACAAGCAAACAAAAAAAAAGACUUUUUGGACUCACGUUCAGAAAAGAGAUACAAACCAUUCCAGUCUCGUUGCAGUGUUUGGAAAUGAAGUUGGUAGAUUAAUGAAGUAAUGAAACAACAAAACGGGUGUGCGUUUACAAAUAAAGAGUUUACUGGAAUAUUAAGGGAAAGGAGAACUGUCUCUACAAUGAAAAACCUUUAACCAAAUUUUAUUUUAUUAAAUGGAGUUUGUUUUGUCCUACCUUGAGGUUAUUGAGUUUCUAUUAGAAAUGAUCCAUGUCUUCUCAAUUGUGUUCAUGUGGGCAAAAUAUCAAUAGAUCGAGUGUGGAAAAUAAUUGCCAUAAUGUAGCAUUAUUGUUCGUACAUUAUUUGUAAAGUCAUGUCACAGAUAACCCUAGCCUUUUGCCUCCUGAGCUGCUCUGCUAGGAUGAACUGGUAUUUGGCGCUAGCAGACCUGCACACCAUGAUCUUAU